UCCGGAGUGAAUAAUGCUGAAAUCGGUUAUGUGUACUUGAUCAUUUAUUUAUUUAUAUUUUUCGUAAAAAACUUUCAUUUUUCGAGAUGUAUCUUGUUGGAUUAACAGGCGGCAUUGCUACCGGAAAGAGUACAGUCGCUGCUAUCUUUCGGGAGCAUGGCAUUCCUGUUAUAGAUGCCGAUUUAAUUGCACGGAAAGUCGUCGAACCGGGAAAGCCAGCAUGGUAUAAAAUACAAAAAGAAUUCGGUCCGGAUGUGUUUUUGGAUACCAAAUAUUUGGACAGAACAAAACUCGGCGAUUUAAUAUUUAACGAUGUUGAAAAGAGAAAAAAACUCAAUGCCAUUACACAUCCUGAUAUAUAUAAGGAGAUAUACUGGCAAACUAUUAAAUAUUUUCUACAAGGCUAUCCGUUUAUAGUCAUGGACCUGCCAUUGCUUUUUGAAACAGGACAUAUGUUAAAUUACUUGCACAAAAUUAUAGUUGUAACAUGCGAAGAGGAUCUUCAAUUACAACGUUUAAUGGAGCGCAGCGGAUUUACAGAAGCUAAGGCAAAAAUAAGAAUAGCUGCACAAAUGUCCUUAGAGAAGAAAGCCGAGAUGGCAAAUUUUGUAAUUGAAAAUUCGGGUAGCGUAAGGGACACUAGGGAACAGACAAUAAAAGUGAUUAAUGUAUUAAGAUGCUCUAAGCAUCAUUGGAAAUUGCGCUUUCUAGUCGGAUUUUGUUGUACCAUAUUGUUAGCUGGUGCAUGUUGGUUAAGAAACAGAAGCUCCAGAUCUUCCUCUACGACAUAAAAUUAUUUUUUAUUACAACUAAUCAAUUUAGACAAAUAAAAGUUUGUUCCGUUGUAAAUUGUAGUUUCAUGGUAAAAGCAAAUACAUGUUUAAUUAAAUUGUACAGUAAUAGAUUCACACAAAAAAAAUUCCAAAAUAGAUAAAAACAUUAAUUAAUUAAUUAAUUAGAAAACAUUACUCUUGCUAGAUAAAUUGAAGUAUGAAAAGUAAAGAUACUUUUUCUUUUACUUUACUUAGUAAAGAUAUUUUUUUUUUACUUUUGUAGAAAAAGUUUCUGUGUGAUUAUAAACCGUGCAAUAUUAAAUAAUUUUAUUUACAAACAACCAGAACUACUCUUCUGGUUAUAAUGUGCUGUAGCUAACAAUAGAGCAAAAGGGAUAUACAUAAUUAUAUAUGUGUGCAUAUUUGUAUGUAUAUGAAUAUGUGUCCACUGAAAAAGUAUUUCAUUGACAAAAUGAAGACAUCUCAUAUUCAGCACUUAAACUAGAUCAUACAAUAAAAAAAAUAAGAAAGAAAAAAAAAGAAAAUAAAGUGAUACAAUUUAUUGAGUUAAA